AUGCCAGACUACGAAACCUAUGAUCUUGGAGACUUCGAACUCCAGAAUGGCGAUACCAUCCCAUCGGCUAGAAUCGCAUACAAGACGCUUGGAAACAAGACAUCACCAGCAAUAAUCUAUCCUACUUGCGACAAAACACUCAAUCCUGACGACUACUUCAUCAUCAUCCCUGCUCUAUUCGGAAACUCGCAAUCUUCAUCUCCAUCCAACAACUCUUUGCAUUCAUUCCCUGAGAUCAGCUUUUACGAUAACGUCAAAGCUCAGCAUGAAUUGGUUACCAAACACCUAAACAUCUCUCACGCAUUUGCGGUCCUGGGGUGGUCGAUGGGUGCGGGACAGACUUACCAGUGGGCUACCCAAUAUCCAGAUUUCAUGGACAAGAUAGCACCGUUUUGCGGUAGUGCAAAGACGAGUUUGCAUAAUCAGGUGUUUUUGGAGGGGGUCAAGACUGCGUUGGUGGCUGCUAAGGGUGCUUCUUCGGCUGGGAUCUGUAAAGGAUAUACGAAGCAAGGAGAAACCCAAGAAUGGACAGAUGAAGAGAGGGAAGUUGGGUUGAAGGCGCUGGGGAGGGUAUAUGCUGGUUGGGGCUUCAGUCAAGCCUUUUACCGCGAGAAGCUCUACGAAUCAGUGCUUGAGUUCAAAGACUUGGAAAUUUUCAUGACCGACUUCUGGGAAACUUGGGCCCUCUCCAAACAUCCAGAAAAUAUGCUCACCAUGCUGCAUACCUGGCAAUCCGGCGACUGCUCUGCUCAAGACCCUUACAACAACUCUUUCCCUGCCGCCAUGAAAGCCAUUAAAGCAAAAGCUUUGGUGUUGCCGAGUAAAACUGAUCUCUACUUCCCGCCCGAAGACUCGGAAUACGAGGUGCAGUGUAUGAGUGAGGGAAUUGGGAGACUAGAAGUGUUUCCGAGCAUUUGGGGGCAUUGGGCUGGUGGACCGGGUCAGAGUACGGAGGAUGUUAAGUGGUUGGAUGAGAAGUUGAGGGGUUUCUUUGCAGAGUAG